AUGGCAUGUCAACUACGCAGAAGUUCUCUCUCCACCACACUACUCCUACUAGUAUUUCUCUCUCCUUUUGUUGUUCUUGUAAGAGCAGCUUCCGUGCUGGGGUUCCAAGGGAGAGCUCUACUCCAUUGGAAGUCCACACUCCGAAGUCCGCAGUUGCUCGCGUCCUGGAACGUCGACUCCAGUCCAUGCAAUUGGACUGGGGUUGCAUGCAACAUCGCACGCAAUGGGCGCUUGGUCAUCUCCGAGAUACAGCUGCCAAAUAUGAGCUUAGCGGGGCCACUCGAUGCUCUUAAUUUCUCGGCGUUCCGAUCGCUUGCCAAUCUCAACCUCAGCUACAACCAGCUGAACGGGAACAUUCCCCCUACCAUUUCGGCUCUCUCCAACCUCGUAUCUCUUGAUCUGGCUGCUAACAGGUUCACAGGCAGAAUUCCUGUCGAGAUUGGUUCCGUGAGGGCGCUUCAGUUCCUAAAUCUUAGCCAGAAUCAGAUAAGUGGUCCUAUACCUCCGUCUCUGAGCAACCUUAGUAGGCUUACAGACAUGCAACUAGAAAAAAAUAUGAUUACGGAUGUCAUCCCUGAGGAGUUGGGGAGACUUAGAAAGUUGACCAUCCUUGAUCUCUGGGCAAACCAACUCAAUGGUUCCAUCCCUCCUAGUUUAGGAAACUUGACAAACCUCUACAUGUUGGAACUCGCUCAAAAUCAAUUAACGGGAUUCAUUCCUAGAGAACUAGGACACCUAAUAAACCUGGUGCACUUCUCGCUCUCUAAUAAUAGCCUAACAGGUCCCAUCCCUUCAUCGGUGGGAAAUCAGAGCAAGUUGGAGAUCCUUUACCUUUGGAUGAAUGAAUUGUCAGGUUCUAUGCCUCCAGAAAUUGGAAAGCUGCACCAACUCACUAACUUGUCUCUCGAAGUGAACAAACUCUCAGGCCAAAUCCCACCAUCAAUUGGUAUCUCAAGGAACCUCAUCGAUCUACGCUUAUCCUAUAACCAUUUGUCUGGUCCUUUGCCUCCGGAGAUGAACAACAUUACAGAUAUGCAAAGGAGGAGCCCUACGGAUCCUAAUGCUGAGCAACAACAGCUUCCAAGGUCCCAUUCCCGCAACAUUGAAGAAUUGUACGAGCCUAAAGAAUGUUCGUCUGCAUCAUAA